GGCUAAAUAAUUCACAACGUCUCCGCGUUAUGUUCUCUGCUGUCUCCAUAAGCUUUCCUUACCGCUGGACAUAAUGGAGUAUACAUUUUAAAAUCCCCACUGAGAACUAUGCUGAUUGAUCAACACAUUGGUUCUUUAUGAGAGAGAGUGUGCGACAGAGACAGGGAGAGAGAGAGAGAGAGAGAGAGAGAGAGAGGAGAGAGCAACAAUUAAAGCAGGAGACAGACAUACAAGACAAGUUCAGAGGAAACACCUGGAACGUGGGACAUUUGGCCGAUUGGGGAGGUGACACUGACACAGAGGACAAACUUCACGCUUCUUUCAUCUGAGUGUUCUUGUUGUGAAGGAUGAGUGCUGUUUUUGCUAAACUGGACCCCAGGAGGAUCGAGUGGGAGUUGUACUGGUAUGGACUCCACUCACGAGUCCUGCGCACUAAACCUGUGGACUCCAUGCAAGAGGGCGCCGAUGACCUCCAUGGCACCAAGCUUGCCCGAGUGCUCACUACAGUUGAUCUGGUGUCACUUGGAGUGGGCAGCUGCGUGGGCACUGGCAUGUAUGUAGUUGCCGGGCUUGUUGCUAAGGAAAUGGCGGGACCUGGAGUGAUCUUAUCCUUCAUCAUUGCAGCUUUGGCAUCCAUUCUGUCAGGGGUCUGCUAUGCUGAGUUUGGCGUAAGAGUACCUAAAACAACAGGAUCCGCCUACACCUACAGUUAUGUCACAGUGGGAGAAUUUGUUGCCUUUUUCAUUGGGUGGAAUCUCAUCCUGGAGUAUCUGAUUGGUACAGCAGCAGGAGCCAGUGCACUUAGCAGCAUGUUUGACUCUUUAGCCAAUCACACCAUCAGCCGCUACAUGAUCAACCAUCUUGGAACGCUGAAUGGUCUGGGUAAAGGAGAGGAAUCUUACCCAGACCUGCUGGCUCUGCUGAUUGCCAUGAUGGUGACGGUGAUUGUGGGUUUAGGGGUGAAGAACUCACUGAGCUUUAAUAAUGUGCUGAAUGUGGUCAACUUGAUUGUGUGGGUCUUUAUGGUGCUGGCCAGCCUUUUCUUCCUCUCUGGAGCCAACUGGGAGGAUGGAAGGUUUCUACCAUAUGGCUGGUCAGGGGUCAUGCAAGGAGCUGCAACCUGUUUCUAUGCCUUCAUUGGCUUUGACAUUAUUGCCACCACAGGUGAAGAGGCCAAGAGCCCCAACACUUCCAUUCCAUAUGCAAUAACAGCCUCUCUCAUCACCUGUCUCACAGCAUACGUCUCUGUGAGUGUGAUUUUGACAUUGAUGGUGCCAUACAACCUAAUUGAUGGAGAUGCUCCACUAAUGGAGAUGUUUGCAGUACAUGGCUUCCUGGCAGGGAAGUAUAUUGUAGCCGUGGGAGCUGUUGCAGGACUCACAGUUAGCCUUCUGGGAUCCCUGUUUCCCAUGCCCAGAGUCAUCUAUGCCAUGGCAGGAGAUGGUCUGCUCUUCAGGUUCCUGUCCUUUGUGAGUCCCCAGACAGAGACCCCCGUGAUAGCCUGUGCUGUAUCAGGGUCUCUGGCUGCUCUGUUGGCUCUCCUGGUUAGUCUGAGGGACCUGAUUGAGAUGAUGUCCAUCGGUACACUUCUGGCCUACACGCUGGUCUCGGUCUGCGUGUUGCUUUUACGAUAUCAGCCUGAUAGAGAUGGCUUCACCAGCUUCCUAACUGAGGAGGAAGAGGAAGAAAGAAAGAGGAAGGAGGAAAUGAUGGAAGCUAGUGAGAAAAACAUGCACUCACCCAUGAACGAUGGUGGGGAACAGUAUAGUGAUCACCCCUCAAUGAGAGAUGAUGAAACGCCAAUUGGAAAGUUGGACUCUGGGGGCUACCAAUCAGAGAGCUCUCGUUAUGGUGUUGGAGAGAACGGUAUAGAGGUAGAUGACUCUGAUGGCACCCUGACGAGCCUCUUGAAACGCGCAUUAGGACUGCACUAUUACACUCUACGGAUGCGCUUGGGCCUGCCGAACUCAGGCGAAAAGCCCACGCCUGCAACAGGACGCACUGUCACUUCCUGUGUCCUCCUUUUCUUUGUCCUGACCUUCUUUCUCUGGACUCUAGUCAUCUAUGGUUUCGAUCGGGUUUCAGGGGGAGCCCGCUGGGCUAUAAUGCCUUUUAUACUGAUUGUAAUUGUCCUUAUGUUUACUUUGGUUAUCAUUAUUCUUCGGCAGCCGGAGAAUCCUACAAAGCUGCCAUACAUGGCACCUUGUGUUCCCUAUGUGCCCACAGCUGCAAUACUGGUGAAUAUUUACCUCAUGCUAAAACUGUCCAGCAUCACCUGGGUGCGCUUUGUAGUAUGGUGUUUACUAGGUGUACUGAUCUACUUUAGUUACGGGAUGUGGAACAGCUCCCUGGAACUCGGUGCAAGAGAGGAAGAAGCUCAUGCCAGCUCUUACCAGAGGUAUGAUGCAGAAGUCGAUGACAGCUUCAAUGUUGAUGAAGACUUCCAUCCUCAAGAGGACGAUGGAGAUGAGGGACGGUACCAAGGUUGGGCAGCUGAGGAGAGCGGCUAUCAGAACCAGAAUCAAUAUGAUGAACAUAGAUCCUCCUAUGUCUAUCCUCCUAACAGUCACAAUUCCAGAAGCAAAGGCAGGACCAACAAAGGCUUUGAGGAGCUUGUCAAUGAAGAAUAUUCACCUGAGUGAGCUAUCUCGAAAGAGGAUGGAUUUGGGUGACCAUGAUUUGGCCAGAUAUGAUGUGUUCCUGGAUCAACAUCCUUGUUGGUCCUGGAAUAACAUUUCUAUCAACUAAUCAGAUUUUUAGGGUCAGGAUUUAGAUCUGGGGUUGGGGAAUGAACAACAUUUUUAUCCACCUUUCAUUUCCUUCUGAUUUUAGGGAUAGUUCACCCAAAAUGAAAAUUCAGUCAUCUUUUACUCACCCUCAUGUUGUUCCAAACCCAUAUGACUUUCUUUCUUCUGUGGAACACAAAUGGAGAUACCAAGGCAGUAUGAUAGCCUUGGUCACUUUUUACUUCCAUUGCAUCUUCAUACAAUCAAAAAAUCAUAUGGAUUUGAAUUUUUGGGUGAACUAUCCCUUUUAUUGUUAGGGUUAGUGUGUUUUAUUUGACAGAAAGUUUAUUCCAAGACAAAGGAACUAGUCUUUCUUGGCAAAAUCAUGGUCACUGAUGGAUUUGCUAGGUUUUCCCAAUCAUAUCUGGUUUAUUAGUUAUUAAAAACAUGUUUGAGUGUAUUUCUUAGUCAACUAAUUUGAACAUUUAUAUUGAUUUGUUUUUGAAUGUUCUCAUCAAAUACCUUGCACCUUGUGACAGAUAUGUGACAUAUCUAGAAGGAGUUUAGACAUGCAAAUAGUAUAGAGCAGACCAGUUCAUUUUUGACUUAGGCUUAAAUAGUGCCUUUAAAUACCUUGACUUGUUGUUCUACUAAAAUCAAAAAUAUCUGUCUGACUGAUGUGAACUGCUGUUUGAAUGUUGGUUUACAACUACUGGGUUUCAAUUGCGCUGUGUACUUUAUUUAUACAAUAUUACAAUAUACAAUAUUUACCCAGUACUCUAAAGAGUAUUUCAUUACUUUUAGAGCCGUUGUUUAUUGUAUGUUGCUAGUUUAAGAUCCUAAACCCUCUCAAAACAUAUUGUCUUCUCUAUGAAAAACUCAGGAUACCUCUACAUGAACAGAAACUUUCUUGAUGCAUUGAGUAGACUUUUCACCUUACACUGUCUCCACAGCUGUGUUUGAUUGAAAGUCUCAAGCUCUCCCUAGAAUUUGGAGGGAAAUAUUAUGAUUGGCUCCCUGCUUAAGCUUAAUAGCUCUCAAAAUAUUUUGCGACACUGAUAUCAAAUUCUUUCUCUAUGUUGGUUUGUAGAAAUGUCUUACUCUUGUGGUUUCCCCCUUGUUUAAUUUUGCAUGAGGAUAUUUACAUUUCUUCCUUAGAGCUAUGUGCGUAAAAUCAUUCUGAUUCAGAACACAUGUAAAUACACUGAGAGAUCAAGAUCUACAUUUGUUUGGAAAGAAUAUACAGAUAUAUUUAAAAUUAAAUAUUAUAAUUAUUAUAUUGUACAAACACAAAUGUUGUCUUUUUUUGUGUCAUCAGCUAUAACAAUCAUAACGAUUUGAGUUUUACAAAGAGUAUUCUGUGGUCUCAUGUUUUCAUUCAGAUUAGACACACUAAAUUGGUGUAACCUGAGACAGCAUGUCACAGCUGGGUCCGGAGAAUUACAAUAAUUUUAAAACAUUUCACUUAACACAAUCAAAAUGCACAACAUAUUGGAUAUUCUAAGAACUGUUAUGUUCUCACAGUCCCGAAGAGAGUGCAGGGAGGAUCCACUAAUGCAUUACUAAAAUGAAUCAUUCACUGGCCACAUGAGUAAAAUGACACUUGAAUAAUGAUCAGUUUUCCUCUUGUAGAUAUUUUUUCUCUAAUUUAAAAUGCUGAGGUCCUGGGAGGUUGUGUACAGGAUGCUACGACGAGCUCUUCAGGAAACAGUGCAGAUGACAUCUGGUCAUUCAGCAACACUGGUUUCCUGUCUUUCUGUUUGUCUGUCUGUCUGACAGUGCAAGUGUUCAUCUAACACAUGCUAGGCUAAAAGACAUUUGUGAAGGCUGUGAGGCUGAGCUAAUACCUCUGCUUAUUAUGCAAAAAAUAAAUAAAAAAAAUGUGUAUCUAAAGAAUGUAAUAUUAACACACGGGCAGAUAACAUGACAUUUUAAGCAGUGACAGCAAUGUCUUGCAGUAUGCAGUUUUAGGUAAAUUUCUCAAAAAACAUUAUUCAGUACAAAUGACUAAUUACUACUCUGAAAUUGUUAUCAGAUUACUGACAUUACUUUUUUCAUUAGGUAAUCUGUAAUCACAUUACUAAUUACUUUUACGUUACUUUCUAAAACACUUUUCACAGAAACUUUUUUUUUUUGCUCAACAAAUUCAAAAUAAUGUCUAUAUUUUCUCCUUGUUCAUUGUCUUGUUAGGGGGCACACACCCUUAAAAUGUCGCAGAAAUGCAAACUGAUGUUCUUCAGAUGUAAUUCAUGUUUUAAAAUGCAUUCUACAUAAUAUUUUUUAAGAAAAACUAUGUGUAACAUAUGU